UACAAGUGUUGUUGUGCUCCGGCUGUCCUUCAAGUCAGAGUACGAGGAAUAAGAACGCUGGUUACAGUUCGUGGAUUACGAAGAUCGCGUUGCGUGGGGUAUCAAGCUCGUUGAGACGCAGCAUGAACUCAUUUUAGAUAAAGAUAAAUGCAUUUAUGGUUCAAGACAAUCUUCAGGGGCCAUGGCAAAAGAACCAAACAAUAAUCUGGACAUACCAAGUGUUGAAGUCUCGGGACUUGAGAUCCAGCAUUACGAUUCGCCACCUGGUGCGGAGAAACAACAUGUGGUAAAACUAGAGGAUCUUGAAAAAUACGUGAAAACAAUGAGUGAAAAUGGAGGAUUUGCAGAACAGUAUAACAUGCUCAAAACAGGACAGUUAAAAGAUUGGACUGCGGGCCUGAAGCUUGAAAAUAAGAACAAAAAUAGAUACAGUACCCUUCUUCCAUACGACGAAACAAGGGUGGUGUUAAAUCCCUUGAAAAAUGAUCCGAAUUCAGACUAUAUCAAUGCCAACUACAUUGACGGUUAUAACGCACCGAAAGCUUACAUAUGCACUCAGGGACCUUUAGAGAAUACUGUUGCUGAUUUCUGGAGACUUGUGUGGCAAGGUGAAAUCUGUAAAAUCAUCAUGACUUGUAACGUGAUUGAGGAAUGUAAGAAAAAAUGUGAGAAAUACUGGCCGGAUACUACGAGUAAACAUGGAGACAUCUCCAUCACUCUUUUGAGCCAGCAAGAAUUUGUUGAUUACACCAUCAGGACUUUUAAACUUCACAAGUCCGGGAUUUCUGCUGGCAGACAAGUUAUACAGUUUCACUUCACAGCCUGGCCAGACCAUGGAGUUCCCAGCUGUUCAUUCUCCCUCGUCAAAGUUCUCAAGUUGGUCAAAAAUUAUCGACCUGCCAGUAAAGCCAGCAUUCUUCUGCAUUGUAGUGCCGGCGUAGGACGAACAGGAACCCUAGUUCUUCUCGAUUCAGCGCUGCAGAUGAUAAAGUCAGAGCAUAACGUCGACGUUCUGGGCUUGCUGUACAAACUUCGGCAACAGCGUGUCAACUUAGUUGAAACUGUGGAACAAUACGCGUUUGUUCAUCGUUCCUUGGUUGAAAUCUUGUUCGGAGACAACCCCUGUAAACCAGCCGAUCAGCUACCUCUAUACCUCAACAAACUUCGUAAAGCAAGCAGUCAAAAGAAGACCACCGGACUACAAAUUCAGUUUGAGCAUUUGAGAAAAGAGACAACAAAGUUUCAAGAAGAAGAAGAUAAAGUGAUCAUCACCAGUCAUUCAGAGAACAAAACGAAGGACAGGUCAUCCGAUUCUGUAACACUCGACUGUGUGAAACCUAGUACCUUUUCUUGUACCUCAACCAACUACCAAAACGUGGCGCGUGUUCACGGUUAUGGGCAAAAGGAAGCCAUCAUCGUGACUCAGUAUCCACUACCUUCUAUAAGUAAGGACUUCUGGCAGCUUGUUUACGAUUCCUCUAGUCAAACGUUGGUUGUCCUAAACGAGUUAACAGACAGCGAUGAGUGUUGCUCUACAUUCUGGCCUGAAUCCGGAAGUCAGUAUUACGGUAAUCUUAAAGUGAAUCACGUAGGAACGGAUCGAGAUAAUGAUAUGAUAAUCCGGAGCCUAAAACUGAAGAAUCCUACAAAGAAUCAAACGUCUAGGACGAUUAAGAUGUUUCAUUUGCGUGGCUGGCAGAAAGAAGACAUAGCUCCACCUAAAGUUGAGUCCAUAGUUCGUAUUCUUUAUAAAGUCGACAGAUGGCAGCACAAAAGUAGAGGCAAACCAACAAUUGUGAUGUGCAUGGAUGGAGUUUCAGCCUCAGGAAUUUACUGCGCAACCUCGUUUUUAUUUCAGCAGAAACAACUAGAGAAAGAAAUGGACGUUUUUGAGGCCGUGAGAACAAUCAGAAUAAAUAGGCCUAAUUUUAUUCAUUCAGUGGAACAAUAUCGGUGGGUGUAUGAAGUCGCUUGUGGUUUCGGACGUGUUAAACCCCCAUAUUGACUGAACCAAGAGACACGUUAAAGCACAAAAAUAUUUAUUUUAUGUUGAAGCCGGAUAUUUUAUUUCAUUUUUUAUGGAUUAUUUUGUAACAGGUUAUUUAGUGUUUAAAACAAU